AUGAAGGGAAGCGAGGCCCUCUCGACGAGGCAGAUCGAUAUCCUGAUCACCAUCGAGCGCACGGGAGCUGGUUGCUCCAUGGCAGCCAUAGUCCUGACGGCGCUGUCGUACUGGCUCGUUAAGAAGCUUCGCACCACCCCGAACCUCUUCAUUCUCCUUGCCUCCAUCGCCAACGCCGGGGCCAGCACGGCCUCCAUGAUGGGUUACGAUGGCCUGGACAAGGGUGAGGACUCUGCCUUGUGUCAGUCUCAGGCAUUUAUCUUUGAAUGGUUCAUGCAGUCGGACCCCUGGUGGUCGUUUGCCAUGUCUGUCAACGUCUUUCUCGUCUUCUUCUUCAACGCGAGUCCUUGCACGUUUCGAAAGUAUGCCUGGGUGUACUGUCUCAUCUGUUACGGGGGCCCGAUGAUACCUGCCAUUGUCCUGAUUUCGAUUCGUGACCCUAACAAAGGACUCAUCUUUGGUGAUGCCGCACUUUGGUGCUGGAUCGGCGCAGACUGGAGUCUCGUUCGACUGUACUCCUACUACAUCCCCAUUUGGGUUUGCAUUCUCUUGUCAAUCGUCAUCUACGUCGCCGUUGGAUACCACGUCUUUCACCAUCGUAACCAGUUGCGCAACCUCGCAGGAGAUCAUUGGGAGAAAGGAGAAGUGACCAAUUCGAGCCCUCUUUCUAGUACAGCGAACAGAGGCUCAUCCGAAGAGAGCCUUACUCACCGUCCCGAGUUUUAUGGAACCGCCGUCACCGAGGUCCAGAUCACAUCGGACUUUUCUAAACAGAAGAGCCGCCUUGACCCCACGAUACCUUCUGCCAUCCAUGUUGGCGCAAGUCCUAACCGCGGUCGAUCAUGGGCGGUUCCCUUGGAAAGCGAGGAUAUUGAAGGACAUGGUGGGCAGAAGACGCAGCGCUUUGAGACUGUAUGCACAUCCGACAGAACACCACAUCAGCAACUGACGGUUAUUACUCGUCUUCGAGCUGUCAAGUCGAAUGCAUCUCUGAAACUCAAGCGGCUUGAUCCCAUCAAGAUGGCUUACCUGCGGACCAGCUUCAUCUUCGGGUUUGCAGUUCUCAUCACCUGGAUACCAAGUUCGAUCAAUCGACUCUACAGUUUGACCCAUGGGGACAGGAUCAGCUUUGCUCUGAGUGUUGCCAGUGGAUGCGUUCUCCCACUUCAGGGAGUCUGGAAUGCCAUUAUCUACGUUACCACAAGUUGGGCCACGGUCCGCGAGGAGUGCAAAUCUUUGAAGGCGAAGUGGACUGGACGGCGCGAUGCAGGCGCAAGAGCAGUUCGCUUGGAGAGCCGACUGGGAACCCAAAAAAGCGAGCAUCGUGACACGUUUGAACGCUCUCGUGAUCAACGCUCUAGCCUCAACGUGUGUGAUCAGGGGUGUGACACAGGGAAUGAGUCCUGGGGGUGUCCCAAUUGA